GUCACUACUCGCAGUCUAACCAAGAAUAGUGCGAGUACUCGUAGUCGAUCGAACAAGGACGUGAAUCGCGAUGGCUUUCGGAGAUUAUCCAGCGGAAUACAACCCGAAGGUCCACGGACCGUACGAUCCGGCACGUUUCUACGGCACACCGGACACUCCGUUUAGUCAGGUGAAGGUCGGAGAGAUUGGUGCCUGGCUCGGCCGUCGUAACAAGACUCCACCAGCGGUUGCAGGUGCCGUAAGUCGUGCCUUCUGGAGAUGGCAACAUAAAUACUGGCAGCCGAAGCGUAUGGGGAUCGCUCCAUUCUUCCAAGUUAUCUUCGGUGGCAUGGUCUUCUUCUACACCAUCAAUUAUGGCAAAUUGAAGCAUCACAGAAAUUACAAGUAUCACUAAUCUGGGUGGUCUGGCUAGUGCGUACGGGAGCAGAAAAUCCAUUAUGUAAUGCGGAAAGUUGUCAUGAGCAAAGAUGGAUUCUGCUUCAAAAUGUAGACAAGAAAUGAGCGGAUAAAUUAGAAGAAAAAUACCUCCGCUGGUUCUGUUGUACUGUGAAUUAUGCAAUUUGUGGAAAAUAAAUAUGUGAAACUAUAAAAA